GCGCCCGGAGCGGCGGUCGGUGGCGGUGGUAGUGGCGGCGGCGGUUUCGUGGCGGCCGCGCGCUGCUUAGAAAGCGGCGGGUGGCGAACGGGCCUGGGCCCUCACUCCUGACACGUCCCCUCCCUCACCGCAUCGCGCUUUUUGAAGAAAGGACUCAUUUCGAGGAUGUUUAAUAAAUCAUUUGGAACACCCUUUGGGGGUGGCACAGGAGGCUUUGGCACAACCUCAACAUUUGGGCAGAAUAGUGGCUUUGGCACAACUACUGGAGGGGCAUUUGGAACAUCUGCAUUUGGUUCUAGCAACAAUACUGGAGGCCUAUUUGGAAAUUCACAGACCAAACCAGGAGGAUUAUUUGGUACAAAUUCAUUUAGCCAACCAGCUACUUCCACAAGCACUGGCUUUGGGUUUGGCACAUCAACAGGAACAUCAAAUAGCUUGUUUGGAACUGCAAGCACAGGAACCAGUCUCUUCUCAUCCCAGAAUAAUGCCUUUGCACAAAAUAAACCCACUGGCUUUGGGAAUUUUGGAACAAGUACUAGCAGUGGAGGACUUUUUGGAACUACAAAUACCACCUCAAACCCUUUUGGUAACACAUCUGGUUCCCUUUUUGGGACAAGUAGUUUUACAGCUGCACCUACUGGAACUACCAUUAAAUUCAAUCCUCCAACUGGUACAGAUACUAUGGUCAAAGCUGGAGUUAGCACUAACAUCAGCACCAAGCACCAGUGUAUCACUGCUAUGAAAGAAUAUGAAUGCAAGUCACUAGAGGAACUUCGUUUAGAGGAUUAUCAGGCUAACCGGAAAGGCCCUCAAAACCAGGUGGGAGCAGGUACCACGACUAGCUUGUUUGGAUCUUCUCCAGCCACCUCUAGCGCUACAGGACUCUUUAGCUCCUCCACCACUAAUUCAGGCUUUGCCUAUGGUCAGAACAAAACUGCCUUUGGAACUAGUACAACUGGAUUUGGAACAAAUCCAGGUAGUCUCUUUGGCCAACAGAAUCAGCAGACCACUAGCCUCUUCAGCAAACCAUUUGGGCAGGCCACAACCACCCAGAACACUGGCUUUACUUUUGGUAAUACCAGCACUCUAGGACAGCCAAGUACUAACACUAUGGGUUUAUUUGGAGUAACCCAAGCCUCACAGCCUGGUCUUUUUGGGACAGCUACAAACACCAGCAGUGGGACAGCAUUUGGAACAGGAACGGGUCUCUUUGGGCAGACCAGUACUGGAUUUGGUGCUGUUGGUUCGACCCUGUUUGGCAAUAACAAGCUUACUACAUUUGGAACCAGCACAACCAGUGCUCCUUCAUUUGGUACAACCAGUGGCGGGCUCUUUGGUAACAAACCAACCCUGACUUUAGGAACCAAUACAAACACUUCCAAUUUUGGUUUCGGCACAAAUACCAGUGGAAAUAGCAUUUUUGGAAAUAAACCAGCAACUGGGAAUUUGGGAACUGGACUUGGAGCAGGAUUCGGGACAGCUCUUGGUGCUGGACAGGCAUCUUUGUUUGGGAACAACCAACCUAAGAUCGGAGGGCCUCUGGGUACAGGAGCCUUUGGGGGCCCUGGAUUUAAUACCACGACAGCCACUUUGGGCUUUGGAGCCCCUCAGGUCCCAGUAGCUUUGACAGAUCCAAAUGCUUCUGCUGCCCAGCAGGCUGUCCUCCAACAGCACAUCAAUAGUCUAACCUACUCACCUUUUGGAGAUUCCCCUCUUUUCCGGAAUCCCAUGUCAGACCCUAAGAAGAAAGAAGAGAGAUUGAAGCCAACAAAUCCAGCAGCCCAGAAAGCUCUAACUACACCCACUCAUUAUAAACUCACACCCCGUCCUGCCACUAGAGUGCGGCCAAAGGCUUUACAGACAACAGGCACAGCCAAGUCACAGCUCUUUGAUGGGCUGGAUGAUGAUGAACCAUCCCUAGCCAAUGGAGCAUUCAUGCCCAAAAAGAGCAUUAAGAAGUUGGUUUUGAAGAACCUUAACAAUAGUAAUCUCUUUUCUCCUGUAAACCGUGAUGCUGAAGAUCUUGCUUCACCAACUGAUUAUCCAGAAAAUGGAGAGAGAUUCAGUUUCCUGAGCAAACCUGUUGAUGAAAACCAUCAGCAGGAUGGAGAUGAUGAUUCUCUUGUGUCACGUUUUUAUACUAACCCUAUUGCCAAACCCAUCCCUCAAACCCCAGAGAGUGCUGGAAAUAAACAUAACAGCAGUAGCAGUGUGGAUGAUACCAUUGUUGCAUUAAAUAUGCGUGCUGCCUUGCGAAAUGGGCUAGAAGGAAGCAGUGAAGAGACAUCUUUCCAUGAUGAGUCACUGCAAGAUGAUCGAGAAGAAACAGAAAAUAAUACUUACCACGUGCACCCGGCAGGUAUUGUUCUUACUAAGGUUGGUUACUAUACUAUUCCAUCUAUGGAUGAUCUUGCUAAAAUUACCAAUGAGAAGGGGGAAUGUAUUGUAUCUGACUUCACUAUUGGUCGUAAAGGUUAUGGUUCAAUAUAUUUUGAAGGAGAUGUGAAUUUGACAAACCUAAAUUUGGAUGAUAUUGUGCAUAUCCGAAGGAAAGAAGUGAUUGUCUACUUAGAUGAUAGCCAAAAACCACCUGUGGGUGAAGGGCUAAAUAGGAAGGCUGAAGUUACAUUGGAUGGAGUUUGGCCAACAGAUAAAACAUCUCGUUGUUUAAUAAAGAGUCCAGAUCGACUUGCUGAUAUCAACUAUGAGGGGCGCCUGGAAGCGGUUUCCAGGAAACAAGGAGCUCAGUUCAAAGAAUAUCGGCCUGAAACUGGUUCUUGGGUGUUUAAGGUCUCCCAUUUUUCUAAGUAUGGUCUUCAGGAUUCUGAUGAAGAAGAGGAAGAGCGACCAUCCAAAACCAGUACAAAGAAGUUGAAGACUGCCCCUAUGCCUCCUACAGGCCAGACUACCCCAUUCCAGAUGGCUCUUAAUGGCAAACCAGCACCUCCACCCCAGGUAGAGCAGGGACAGUGAAUUGAAUGGAAUCCGUGAUAACAGAAGUUGAAAGCAAGUCAUUCAGCUAAUACAAAGCUGUUUUAUGACCCCUGGAACUCUGAAGAGUACAAAUGCAUUGGCAAUCACGUUGAGACAAGUACAAGGGAGGUGUGAGGUGAUACUGGCAUCUGUUUUUUGCUUGAGAGGUUUAAAAAAUUCUCUUGCUGUUUGGAUCAUUCCUUCUACAGAUUGUCAUUCUU